AUGGUCUUCUUAUUCGCACUUUUGGGAACGGCUUUGGCUUGCGGUCCGAUUACGCCCGAUGGAGGAUUUGCCACGAGAGCCGAAAUCCGCCUAACCCUUCAGCCAUCAGUGCUCUGGUCAGUGGGAGACGAGCCUGGCCAGUCAGCAAAUCCCACUGACGCCAAGGAAGCCAUCAUGGACGGAAUGGAAGUAUCCCUAUUCCGAGCGAUCGCUUCUAAUGCUGUCUUGGUCACCGAGAAGGAGAUCUCUUACGAGAUUACUGGGCUUCCGGUCGAGCUGACUCCCACUUGGGACUUGCACAGCCGG